AGGCUGGGGUUGUUCUAGUUUUCCCUUUUUCUAUUUUAAAGUUGGGAUUUUGAGAGGGGGAAUUGAAAAUGGGAAAAGGAAAGAAGGGGGAGGAGGAGAUAAUGGAAGGGAUUGCAUCCAUUGCUCUUCUUCCCAGUGGAUCUAUCUCUGGACACUUCAUCAAGCUUCCUGAAUCUUGUUGCUAUGGUCUCCAUGGAACUGAAUUGGAUUGUGAAAGGGAGUGUAGUAGAGGUGAAGAUUAUCGGUUAAUCAAGCUCUCAAUUAUCGACUAUGCAAGCAAGAGAGAGCGAACGGUUGUAGUCGAAUGCAGAGGACACGAUGCUGCUCGGUUUCAAAACAUCGAUCAUGCCCACGGCUGGGAAGCAGAUGUUGUAGGCACUGUUGAACAGAAGCAUGAGAAACAAAAGGUUUCAGUUUCAUUCGAGUGUGAAACUUUGAAGGCCGAAGACGUUGCUGAAGAACACAUCAGAAAGUAUAUGCCCAACCUCACAGGACUUGAUGCUGUUGUUAAUGUCGGUCCAAUGAAGAUUUCCGGCCUCAGCUUUGAAGCUGAUGCAGAUCAAGAAGAAACUGAAGAUACUUGAGAUAAAAUUGCAGACUUCUCUGACUGGAAAAACAAUCUGCAUCCUACUUUGUUAUUAGUUGUUUCACUUGUAAUAGUUUCAUGUCAUUACAGGCUUCCAAUAAUAUGAAAUAGCAUUUGUGUUUAA